CAACGAUUUUUCGCUACGCCGUUGCGCGAGCGAAGGAGCGAAGUCUGCUGGAGUGCGCGCGCCGGUGCGGAGUGUAGUGCAGCGGUACUGUGCAGCUGUAGGGGCGAGCGAGAGAGAAGCGGUUGUCCUAAUUGCUAUGCUCUGUCGUCAGCUGCCUUUUCCUUGCUGAUAAACGCUAGACGCUCGCCAUGGUCGGUUUCGUCGCUUGUGGGCCCAACGAGGCUCUGGUCGUGUCCGGGUGCUGCCAUGCCCACCCGCUGUUGGUUCCUGGGGGCAGGGUCUUCGUCUGGCCCAUAAUCCAGAGAGUGCAAAAAAUCAGCCUGAACACCAUGACGUUGACCAUUGAGAGCCCCAAGGUCUACACACAACAGGGCGUUCCUAUAUCAGUCACAGGCAUAGCUCAGGUAAAGAUCCAAGGGCAAAAUGUGGAGAUGCUGCGAGCUGCAUGCGAGCAGUUUCUAGGAAAGAAGGAUGAAGAGGUGAUGCACAUUGCACGCGAGACCCUUGAGGGGCACCAGCGUGCCAUCAUGGGCACCAUGAGUGUUGAGGAGAUCUACAAAGACCGCAAGAAAUUCUCCAAGCAGGUGUUUGAGGUGGCCUCAUCCGACCUCGUCAACAUGGGCAUCACGGUGGUAUCCUACACCAUCAAGGACAUCAGCGAUGACGAGGGCUAUUUGAGGGCACUGGGUAUGGCCAGAACGGCGGAGGUCAAGCGAGACGCCCGCAUUGGAGAAGCCGAAGCACAGAGGGACUCUCAGAUCAAGGAAGCCCUGGCUGAGGAAGAGCGCAUGGCAUCACGUUAUCUCAAUGACACUGAGAUAGCCAAGGCUCAACGUGACUUUGAACUCAAGAAAGCAGCUUAUGACAUGGAGGUUAACACCAAGAAGGCAGACAGCGACCUGGCGUACAGCUUGCAAGCGGCCAAGACACGGCAGCGUAUCAAGGAGGAACAGAUGCAGGUGCAGGUGAUUGAGCGUUCCCAAGAAAUACAGGUGCAAGAGCAGGAGAUCAUGCGACGUGAGAAAGAGCUCGAGGCCACUGUGCGCCGACCUGCUGAGGCUGAAAAAUACAGACUUGAGAAGAUGUCAGAGGCCAACCGGAACCGCGUCAUUAUGGAGGCUGAAGCUGAAGCAGAGGCUAUCAGACUGAAAGGAGAGGCUGAGGCAUUUGCCAUUGAGAGCAAGGCACGAGCUGAAGCAGAGCAGCUGAUCAAGAAGGCAGAUGCUUUCCGAGAGUACAAGGAGGCUGCGAUCCUCGAAAUGAUGCUGGACACACUGCCAAAGGUGGCAGCGGAAGUUGCGGCGCCCAUCUCCCAGUGCAAACGCAUUGUGAUGGUGUCCUCGGGUAAAGGCGAGGUUGGAGCAGGCAAGCUGACGGGUGAGGUGAUCGACAUCAUAGCCAAGACAACCAGCAUGGUUCACCAACUGACGGGGGUUAAUGUGGGCUCGGUCUGUGGCAAGGACCGAAAUCUUUCCUCUGCAGCGGCCUGGAACACCAAGACUGCCCAAGCUGCCAUGUGAAGAGAUGCCACCAGCUUCAGCUGAAGACUAUUGAAUACUGUUUUGCGCUGGCCAAUCCAACUCAUGCACUUUGUGAUGUUAGCCUGUUAAGCAGCACAUUGAGGUUGCACAUUUUGCCUGUUUCUGCUCUUGUUUUCAGGUGCACAUGCUUUGAGAGAUAGGUCACCUUUUCUUUUUUAUUAUUUUAUAACUAUUUUUCUUUCUCUUUCUUGGAAGCUUGUGUUCUGGCAUUUGAAAGCUUAGUAAGUUACUUAUGUGGUAGUAUCUUUCACCGUCUGUGAGAGGCUUUUGCAAGAGCUUACAAGGCUGGACUUUUUUUAUGGUAGUCUGCAAAUAGUAAUUGUAAGUUUUUUGUUGACUUGCAUUUAAAGGCGUAGCUAUCUCGGCUGGAUUGCUUCAGCUUAACUUAAACGAAUGGCUGCAUGUUAUUGGUUUAAGUCUCAUGUGACAUUGUCUUUAAAAAAAAAAAAGUUGUACAGCUUCAGUGUAACGAUGUUCAUUAUUUACAAGAAACAGUCUUUUCUGUUUAUUAUUUGUUUUUGACUUAUAUUUAUAGUCAUUGCUGAGUUGCAAUAGUUCUGCUUGCAAACCCUUGCAUUAUCUCAGUAGAACUUGUUGAAGCCCUGUUUUUUAACUUAGCUAUUCGCAGCUAAAGGUAGCUGCCAGUAACGGUAGCAGCCAUAAUCUAAAUGCAUGCUUGAAAACGAAGUACAUACAUGAUCAAUAUCAUGAGCUGGAAGGCAACCUGCAUCGGCAUGCAUCAUGGUCUUAUUCCUUUAUUGCUAAAAAAACCUGUGGCUUAUCCUGCCUAGUCGUAUGUGCUUUGAUGUUUGUUUUGAUUUAAAGAUGUCAUCUUGUGUUCUUUUUGUAGGGAAUCGUUUUAGCCAUAAGCAUAUGCAAGUUGAAGUUUGCGUUAUCUGCAUGCUACAGCUUGAAUUGUAUAUAAUAUAGCAUGUUGCCAGGUACACGUUACACGUGUUCCUGCUAGCAGGCAGUUUGUGUAAUAUUAAUACUGUACACCGCUGCCCUCUGCAAAAAAAUGAAAGGAUUCUGUAUCUUUCGCUUCAUUUUGCUUAAGUAACCUACCUAGCUUUCGUCGCACUUUUGUACCGUGUAGCAGAAGCUUGUGCAGUUCAUUCUUCAUGUGUAUUGUAUAGAUGUGUUCAAGGACUGUGAUUCAGGCAAAUUUAAUGAAGUAGCUGAUGUAUCACCGAGGGGGUCAAUAUUUUUAGUCAUAUUUUGUCGUUGAGAAAACCAUUAAAAUAAGAUUAAAAGCAGAGGUACUGUUUCCUAAAAGCUAUUAAAAAUGAGAUAGUUCACCAGUCAACAUGCUUCCAAGUUCCUGAUGUGACCAAAUAAAGCUUUUCCUACUUGUUAGUUCUUGGAGGAAUAAAUUGUUUUUAAGUCCAUUGUAUUACGUGCCGUUUGGAAGCUCCCACACACUGAGAGGCAGCUUCACAAGAAGUCUGCACCUGAAAUAAAAAAAAUUCCUUUAACGACUGGCCCACUCAUCUUUAUGUAUCUCAAGGUGUGUUUAUAACGUCAUAACGUAUAACGUAUAACGUAUUUUAUAACGUCUGCAUUGAGAGCAUUUGUGUUGACCACAUGCUAUGUGCCGCUUGAAAGCACACACAUUUGGAGGAUGUGUGAAGGAAUUGCCCAUGAAAUCUUCAUAGCAAAAAAAAAAAAAAAGGUUGUAAUGGACUGCCCAACUUAUCUGUGCUUUAUGUUUAGAACAAUGCUUUUAAGAGUAUUUCAGUGUAUAUAAAACUUCCCCUCCUGACCCCCCUUUUUUCUUUCUUUUGUGAUAAACGUUUUAUGUUGUGUUCAGUUUCUAUUCUUACUCUGCUAAGAAUGUUAUGUCAAGUUUUAAUGUCAUUAAAAGGUGACCUUUCAUUCUGUAUGAAAGGUGUGUGUGUGUUGCAUUGUCAUGCAUGCUAACUGCGCCAUAUGCAUUUGCGCUGUGGUUGAUGUGAAGUGUUUGCUCUGCCAAAUGUAAAGGAUGGAAAGCGUCCUGUUCAUCUCCUGCCAGUGGAUUAUUCCAAGGACAUGCAAACAGACUGGUAACGAGUCUCUAGAAUCAUUUCAACCUGUGUUAACUAGCUCUUCAAUGUUCUUUCAGCUGAAUCGUUCUUUAAAAAAGUACUUUAAAAAACUGUUAACAUGCUUGCGUGAUUCCAGUGAUGCACAUUGUAGGACAUGGUAGCUUCAGUGGAACAACAAAUACGCAAUCUUCUUUACGCAUUCUUCUGUGUAGCACUGAAGCUAUUAUGCCCUACAAUAGUUCCAGUGGCUAGUUACCGCCAAAAUCAACCAGCUGGUAUCUAAGAUGGUAGAUUUGGUUGUAGAAUGUGCCAAGCUGCAGAAACAUUGCAUUCUGAAUCUUUUCAGAUGCACAUUUGGGAUUGAGGGUAGAACAGACAUUACAAAUAUUGCAUACCUUGUAGCAUGUUGCACCAGUCUCGCUACAGGCCUGAAAUUCAUUAAAGCUGUAGUGAAAGAGGAAGACGGUGACUCUUACAUCCUUGGCAUGCCAAACUGCUGCAACAGCUUUGCGUUAGCAGUUCAUGUACAGCUUUGGACAUGUUUUGCCUGCUCAAUUUUAUGGAUGCCAUCCAUUGUUGUAGCAACAUGUUGGUGUAUUUCAUGCAAAAUCUUCUGCCACCCACUUUUCACGAGUAGUCAGUUCGCUGUAUGUACACAAUUCACAGCUCCUUGAAUCCAGCCUAAUUAAGCCAACUUACUACAGCAUCUACAAAAUUUAUAAGCUAACAUGUUUUCAAUUAUAUCCAAGUGCUAUGUAAAACUGAUCUGACAUAACAACUUGGCUUGCCACAAACCUUUCUUGGCACCCUAUAUUGCUACAUUGAAAUCACUUCUGUGAUGCCAUAUGCUUGAGCCACAGUGAACUGCACACAUCUCGUGUUGCAUAUUCUGCAUCAUUUAUUUAGUGCCAGGUCAAGUAAAGGAAGAGGCCCUGUCUGUGGUCGCUGGGAAAUGUCCCCACAAGAAAUAAACCUUAUAGCUUUGUAACUUGCAGUUAGUGUGGCACUACAAUGCUUUUCUUGCCUUUUUAGUUGAAUUUUCACAGCUGUGCGUAAAUGUAGCCAACGCUAGCAGUUGUUUCAUAGCACACUUGCGGGUCCAAAUGAUCAGCCCUGCCAUGAAACCUUUAUGCAGCGACUUUAUGCUAUGCUUAAAUAAAGGUUCCAUUCAUGUGAUCCGAAAUUUGAUUAGUACAUGCCUGUGCUGUGCUGCAUUGUGUAAUCCUUAACAAUUGCGUUCCAACUUGGUUUUGACUGAAGUCUGCACAGAGACCUGGAGUGUAUUACAUUGCAUGCGCAUAUAAAUGUUCACACUUACAUGAAGGCUUUGGUUGCUUUGAAAGCUUGCAAAAACUGAGGCACUGCAUCUGUGUGGCGGAUGCUGAUAUGACAGUGAUAGUCUAAGAUGUGGGCUGCGCUUUAUAGGUGUUCUGAAUUGUGUACCUGGAAAUGAGAUUGUCAUGUGCUGAGCUGGGGUGAAUGGUUGCAGCAAAGCCACUGGCAACUGUAGUUUCACCUCUAGGUCUUUCUUUUUGUGUGCACUCUUUUAUUAGCAGCUGGGUGGUAGGGUUUACCAUCACUGGAGGUUACAAAUAGUAGCUAAACAGUCUGCAGUCUGUGCCACAGAAGAGGAAAGUUUCAUGAUAUGAUGCACGUAAAGCUAUCAAUACCACAUUCAUCCUGUUUCCUCCCAGCAUUCAAUAGCUCUUGGUAACUUAUGUAAGAUAAAUUGAUAGCCAGUUUUUUUUUUUUUUUUUUUCUUUGAGCAAGCAAAUCGCCAGGUGUGUCAGUCACUCAAAGUUUAGUAAUGCAGAAAUGGGUAAGCAUUUGUUGUGCAUGAACCGAGCAGCUCCAUUAGUGCUGAAAUUUUCGAAGCAUUUGCAGAUUGAAGCUUGCAGGCCAUUAUUUUACUUUCAUGGUGUGCUGGUACUUCAGUGUUUCAUGGGGUAUGCUUCGUGUCUAAAAAGCUAUUCUACCAUGUGGAGCCGAACUUGAAAAGGCCACGUGUUCUGCUCAUCAAAGCAUCCACACAAAAUGUUAAAUGUCUUGGAACUUGUUUAGGUGCCUAAAACAUUGAAUACAGGCCCCCAAAAACAUUUCCUGAUGCACUUUACAGUAGUAGAAACUCCAGCAUUCAGUGUAGUAUGGACUUAGUUCUUGUUUGUUCAAAGCUACAACAAAAAUAUGUGAAAGUCCAGUCAACUGUCAACUACCCAGCUGUACAAGCAGGUUCAUCAAAUUUCUUUUCCAGUUUCUAAAAUAGCAUACCAUGGGUAUGUUCGGACAAUAAGAAAGAUUCCUGUGCAAGUUGGUUUAAAAGAAAAACCAGUGAGGUUACGUUCUGAAACUUGUGUGAGCGACAUGCCUGUUGUGCACGUUUACAACUGUAGUUACAUAGAAAAUUAGGCUGAGCAAACUUGUUCAGUAUGUGAAAACAUUUGUAGGGGAGAAUUCUAUGCUAUUGCUAGAACCCAAUUAACAAAGCGCGAUUUGUUCUAAGAAGCACACCUGAGGGGAUCUUUGAGUGGUACAAGAUUCUGUUUACCACUGCCAUUGCUACUUAAGCUAUACAGACUAGUACAUCGCAAAAUGUACACUAUGUAUGUGAUUAAUGCAGACUGAUGCUAUGAACAAACACCAAGGAUUUAAGUGGACAGGCUUAACAGCUCAAAAUUUCGAUUAGGCUCAAUAGUGAAUGGAGUAGCAGUAAGCACCAUGUGCAAGCCUGGUGCGCUAUUAUCGGUUGUUCACUUUCAGGGAAACUUUUGGGGGGAUUUGACAAGCAUCGAAAGCAUCAGCGUCUGUGGGUGACAGCAUUCCUGGCACAGUGCUGAGGCAGUAUGUGUGGCACUGUCGGGAAUGCUGUAGCCCGUAGAUGCCAAUGCAUCCAGCGCUAGUCAUGAGAAAUCUUGUGAAUAUAUCCACAAUACUAAAUGACUGAGAAUACUGCCCCUGUUUUGCACACUGGUGUACCCAUGUAUAGUGAGCAGUCAGUGCUAGAUCUGACUUCAUCCAAGAUGGGCUACUGUUUAGCUUAUACCUACAAGGGUGCCCUAUAACCCAUCAGGUGCUGUGUGCACAAUUGUGUAUGCAAAGGUAGUGCAUCAAAAUUAAAAGUGCCAAUUAAAAUUAUAACAUCUAAAAUAUAUCACAAACACCUUAGACCUGUGCUGCAGGUUUUAAUAAGUGGAAAGUGUUUCAGUAAAAUGAGUUGGAAGGUAGACUGCUGGAUGUUUGCCCUAGCAUGUCUGUCUUCAUGUCACGAGUUCACUUCUUUCAUUGUUUUCGCAAUGUUUUACAUCAGGCAUAUUUUCAAGCAUCUGGACAGGUGUUGUCCAUGUAUACUAGACUUGAAAUAGCUGAGAUUCUAAUAUUUAACGUUCCUAUGAAGAUUUCUCACUUGGAGUCUACAUUCCGUAAACUCAACAAAGCUCACUGAAGAAUUGAAAAUUCCUUUGUUCUGCAGCUGUAUGGUUUUCACAGUUCUGAAGGUACAAGAAAUGUGAUAGAACUAAAUUUUCAAUGGACAAAAUUAAUUGGUGCGUGAACGUGUUAAUCUGAUUGAAAAAAAAAGGCACAUUCCCUCCUGCGUGGCUUUUCGAACUCUGAGAAGCGACUUUGUAACAUGUCAAAGUAGUGGCAGCCCUGUGGCAACAAAGAAGCAUGCCAAAUCGCAUGGUUUCAGCUGCCACUGAUGAGGCAUUGAAUGCACUGGACUAUUGUGAAGCGGAAGGUAGUGUUCCUUGCCAGAAGUAUUAUGCUGUGUGUUCGUGUGCAUUCAGCCUGCAUUUUUCACUUGUAACUGUCUGGCAGCACUUAUAACUGUCUGCCAUAAGUGUACUCUGCUUUUGAAGCAGAAAAACGUCCAUCCUUCUGGAAAGAAGUGGUAGAAGAUAGUCUCAAUACCAUUGGUAAACUUGACUGUCCUGUCUCCUGUCGCCUUUAUUGGUAAAAUGAGGAAAAAAAAAAGCUAUUUUUAUGCUGUUCCAGUCUGUCAGAUGUGCCCUUUUCUUUGUAUGGCUUGGUUUUUGCAUGUUUGCAGCCAGCCUAUUACGGUGCAAACACUGGUAACGUCCAUGUAUUGGCUUAUGCAUAUAGUAGGUAUUUUAUGUGCAUUGUAACAAUAAUCUUUAGUCUAGUGCUCUGUGUAUUGACCUCUUGGCUUUUAUUUUGUCAGCUGGUGCUGUAUGUCUUGUGAGAAAUAAAAAUAUUUACAAAGACUGUCAAAA